AUGCAAGUUGCCAAUGUUGAUAUUUACUCACCCAUGUUCGCUUCCAAUUUCGUGUACCCCGGAGAUCGAAAACGGACCCUCGGAUUGCAGUGGAGGCGAGGGCUAAGACCCCUGCGCCGCGAAUAUAAAAAGCCUAUUAACGUCAUCAUCGACAGCAUGACAUCAGUGCUCAACUCCGGUGCUUCACUGCCGUACAACCAUGACUUAUUUGAAAACCUUAUUAAAAUCCGUUCAGCUGUAGCACCCUUUUGGUUUCUAACCGCCAUGGCACUAGAAAGGAGUAUGAGAACUGGGAUACGGCCAGGUUGCCCGAGCCUAGACAGAGGAAUUCGUGAUGCAGUGGUCGGACUCGAACCACGGACCUUCCGGUCACAACCAACAAUGGCUGUGUUCCUUGACUCGGGAGCUGUCUUUGAUUCUGUGAACCGUCGGCACUACGGCACUGUCUUUCGAACAAGCGUGUCUCCCAUAAGUUUCUUCGUCGUUGAUACGAUUAUGGAAGGCGCACUACUAGCUCCUACUGCUUAUGGGGUCGAAGUUCUCCCGGGGUGUCUGCUCACAGAUAUCGAGCACGCAGAUGACAACACUUCUGGGAUCUGA